AUGGAAUAUCAGGAAUACGUCAUUGCAAGUGGGUUCAUGGGCAUGAGUCUCAAAGCUUUUGUUUCUGAAAACGCCUUGCGGAUGUUUCAAGAAUACUGUAAAAUAUCGAAGAAGCACCAGGACUUUUCCCGCGCCAAAGACAACCAGAACAGAUCCGUCGGCUUACCUCUUUUUACUGCCAAGCGUUCAAUAAGGAUGGGCCUCGGUGACACAACUUAUCUUCACUUUUUUGAAUGUGCUUCUGCUCCUGAAGCGACAGACAGACUUUACGAUAAGGUUGAUAACAGGCCAAUUGGGGAGGUUCUCCGGCGCAAAUACAUAGGAUACUAUCGAUACAGGCUUCAGAUCAAAGGUGUCGAAAUUGUCAUCAUCGUGCACUCGCGACUUCCAAUAGUGGACUUCAACAUUGACAAUGAGCGGUUCCGCUUUGUGAAGGCCGUUAACUCAGCCAUGAAUCCGGACCAUUUUAUAUAUGACUUGUACCUUUUAACCCCAGACCAGGCGAGUCUAGUGGAUGACUUGAAUUCUUCCUUGAAGGUGAGAAAAGACAAUCCGUUACUUGGUGGCCGGCUUCACAAUCUUUUCCUGGUGAAGCUCGGCUCUCAUGACCGGUCUUUUUACCUGUCUCCCCAUCGACGGGGAACAUUCGAACACCAUCUGUCGUGGAAAGUGUUCAAAAAAACAAAAAAAUGCUCGAUGUUCACGUUAUACAACUAUGCUACAGGAGAGCCCGACUCUAACGAUGGGGUCGACUUCCACACACGUGUACUUGUUGCAAUCACGCUCAUACUCCAGGCCUACGAAGACGAUCUUCAAAGCAGCCGGGCUGCUGUUAACUAA